GAUAUCCGCCGGGGGAGAACAGAGUUGAACCAUCCCAGAAGCUGCUGUUAGCUCUUCCGUCCUCGGCACGCCGCCCGUUCGCCCCUGCGCUGUCCGCCCUUCCCCUAGCGUUACUUCCGGUCCCGCGCUGAGGGGGUUUGUGCGGCUGCCAGGAGGCGUGAACCGCGGACCAUGAGCGUGGGCUUCAUCGGGGCCGGCCAGCUGGCCUAUGCUCUGGCGCGGGGCUUCACGGCCGCAGGCAAGCGCGUGGAGGCGGGAGGCGGCUUCGCGGGCGGUCCCGAGGCCCGAGAGGGCCUCCGUCCCACCAGCAUGAGCGAAUGAAAGGGGAGUUUGCGUCCGGUGGGGUAGAUGAGACUCUGGUUGAGCAGCAAGCAUCCUGUCGGCUCACAAGAUAAUAGCCAGCUCCCCGGAAAUGAACCUGCCCACGGUGUCCGCGCUCAGGAAGAUGGGUGUGAACCUGACACGCAGCAACAAGGAGACGGUGAAGCACAGCGACGUCCUGUUUCUGGCUGUGAAGCCACAUAUCAUCCCCUUCAUCCUGGAUGAGAUUGGGGCCGACGUGCAAGCCAGACACAUCGUGGUCUCCUGUGCGGCUGGUGUCACCAUCAGCUCUGUGGAGAAGAAGCUGAUGGCAUUCCAGCCAGCCCCCAAAGUGAUUCGCUGCAUGACCAACACACCUGUGGUAGUGCGGGAAGGCGCUACGGUGUACGCCACGGGCACCCAUGCCCUGGUGGAGGAUGGGCAGCUCCUGGAGCAGCUCAUGAGCAGCGUGGGCUUCUGCACUGAGGUGGAAGAGGACCUCAUCGAUGCUGUCACGGGGCUCAGUGGCAGCGGGCCUGCCUAUGCAUUCAUGGCUCUGGACGCAUUGGCUGAUGGUGGGGUGAAGAUGGGUUUGCCACGGCGCCUGGCAAUCCAACUCGGGGCCCAGGCUUUGCUGGGAGCUGCCAAGAUGCUGCUGGACUCGGAGCAGCAUCCAUGCCAGCUUAAGGACAAUGUCUGCUCCCCUGGGGGAGCCACCAUCCACGCCCUGCACUUUCUAGAGAGUGGGGGCUUCCGCUCUCUGCUCAUCAAUGCAGUUGAGGCCUCCUGUAUCCGAACACGAGAGCUACAGUCCAUGGCCGACCAAGAAAAGAUCUCCCCAGCUGCCCUUAAGAAGACCCUCCUAGACAGAGUGAAGCUGGAAUCCCCCACAGUCUCCACACUGACCCCCUCCAGCCCAGGGAAGCUCCUCACAAGAAGCCUGGCCCUGGGAGGCAAGAAGGACUAAGGCAGCAUCUAUCCCCUCUGAUUCAGAGCCCUUAGUUGAGAGCCCCUGCCACCCCUGCCACCCCCCUGCCCCGCUCCCACCAUUGCCCCUCCUCAGCUGUGCAAGGAGAAAGCAUGCUUAGGAAGUUUUCAGGUCCUUGUGAUAAAACCUCCUUAAAUCUGUUCAGACCAAGCAAUGCGAGCUUCCUCUCCUGUCCCAUGUUGGAAGUUGCUCUGAAGGGGUGGUAGAUGCUGGAAGCCAGACACAACCCUGCGUACGCUGCUCAGUUGGUGGAGACUGGGGCUGGGACUGGAGUCAGCCCAGCUGGGAGGAGGGGCUGGGGAGGAUCUGCAGCUGAAGCCCAAGGCAGGGUUGGUUUGAUGCCAAGGCAAAGUGGUGAGAGAGAAAACAGGAAAGGGGCUUUCUCUGAAUUGGUAAAUGGGAAAGAAGUGAGCAACUUAAGAUUGUCACAAUCACAAGUGUACAGGAUUAGACUGUGUUUAUAUUUAACUCUUGCUUCAUAGGUGUACCAUUUAAAGAGUGUUAUUUAAUGCUAAGUUUAACUGCUUUAAUAAAGUUUAUUUUUAAAUAUC